AUGCCAUCAGGCUUUCGCCACAUCCCAGCUAAAGCGCCUACGUAUCACCCCAUCCAGGACCCGGCUACGGCAGAAUGGGGUCUUACAAUCAAGCGCGCAGACUAUGACAAGCUGCUGGAGGGGUUUCGCCCGAGAGAUAUGGACGAUAAGUGGUUGUGCAUCACCGACAAACCUGACGCUCAAGGCAACACAACCGUCCAUUGGUAUAGAAGCUGGACGGACACGGAGCAGUACGCGAUCACCGUCCAAGUCGGCGAUUCCAACAAGGCCGAAGGCAAUGAUUGGGCAAAACUUGCAAAGAUCACCUGGGAGAAGGAGUUAGGAUCGCUUGAGGUACCUGCGGAGGAGGCAAAGGAAAGCGCUGUAAAUCUAUGCAGAGGCUUCAUGGGCUGCGAACUGGAGAAUGCUGGAGCAAGUGCGAAGUAG